GGAAACAGAUGUCAUUUCCGGCGAGGCUAGCUUGAGACGCUGGCACCGAGGCGGCGGGCUGCGCUGGUCAGGAUGUCUGCGAAACUGAACGCGUUGUACAGCGACUCCUACGUGGACAUCAGUCAGUACAGAGAUCAGCACUUCAAGGGUAACCGCUAUGAGCAGGAGAAGUUGCUGAAGCAGAGCAAUACCUUGUAUGUUGGAAAUCUGUCCUUCUACACCACCGAGGAACAGGUAUAUGAGCUGUUUUCCAAAAGUGGAGAUGUCAAACGCAUUGUCAUCGGCCUAGAUAAGAUCAAGAAGACCGCUUGUGGUUUCUGCUUUGUGGAAUAUUACACACGUGGUGAUGCAGAAAAUGCCAUGCGCUUUAUCAAUGGCACGCGGUUAGACGACCGCAUCAUCCGGACAGACUGGGAUGCCGGUUUCAAGGAGGGACGGCAGUAUGGCCGUGGCAAGUCUGGAGGACAGGUGCGAGACGAGUACAGGCAGGACUAUGACCCAGCCAGAGGAGGCUACGGUAAACUAGCCCAGCAGCACAGGGUCCCAGAGGGACGUAAUAGUUUUUAGACUGCUAAGUAGCAUUCCCCCCGGAGCGACGAGACGCCCACCCCCAGCUCAAAGAAAACCGCAUCCUACCACAGUUUGCCUGGCCCGGUGCCGUUUCCAUCACGUGCUCUUCGGCACCUCCUCUCUUUGGACCAUCAGAGAUGGGAAUUCAGCAGCUGUUAUUUAUUUUGUCCUUUGUUUUAAGCUUCAUCGGUUUACACUGUUCCACGUUGAAUCAUUGAACCCCGACACCACAGUAUGGGAUUUAGUCAUGUUUUCAAAAGUAGAAUCAUGCUUCUGCAACACCAUCAAUUUCCCUGAAAGGUUCAAAUGUCUACACAGACAAGUAGAGACUGAUGUGAAUUUAUUCUGCUAUCAGUAUUGUUUCUGCAGGGAGUCUCUCCAGCCAUGUUGUUGUAUUUACAGUGUCUAUAUAAGGGAGGAAAACGAUGCAUGCUGUUGUUAACAUUCUUUUCAUUCAUGAUUUUUGUAUCCCAAAAUGUCCCUACAUUUUUUUUAAU